AUGUCCGCCGGUCCCAAGUACGAGUACCGGUGGGCGGACGGCGUGCACGUGAAGAAGCCGUUGGAGGUGUCGGCGCCCAAGUACGUGGAGUUCCUCAUGGACUGGAUCGAGACACAGCUCGACGACAGCACCAUCUUCCCCCAAAAGCUAGGAGUUCCGUUUCCUCCGCACUUUGAGAAGGUGGUGCGCACGAUCUUCAAGCGGCUGUUCCGAGUGUACGCGCACAUCUACCACUCACACUUCCAGCGCAUCGUCAGUCUCAAGGAGGAGGCUCACCUCAACACCUGCUUCAAACACUUCAUCCUCUUCACACAUGAGUUCAACUUGAUUGACAACAAGGAGUUGGCGCCGUUGGAAGAGCUUAUAGAUUCAAUCACAUAA